AUGGACAGGGUGCCAAGUAAAGACAUAGAAAGGAUGAUGGCCUUUAUAAACCAUGAAGCAGACGAAAAGAUUAAGGAAAUGAAGAUCAAGGCAACUCAGGAAUACAACACAGAGAAAGCUAGAAUAAUCAAGGAGGAGACAUUUCGAAUAGAGAAUGGAUUUGUGAUGAAACAAAAGGAAAUUGAGAAAAAAAGAGUGAUGGCAGAGAAUUCCCUGAUAAAUACAUACAAGCAGAGAUAUCUCGAAGAAAAGGUUAAGAUUUUGGAUGAGAUUUAUAAUGAGGCCUUGUCAAUAUGCUCGAAAGAGCCUCUGAAUCCUUCUCUGAUAGCUCAAUGUACUGAAAAAAUAAGUGGAGAAUUCGUUGUGUACUGUAAUAAGAAGGAUAAGAAGGUGGUAUUAAGUGAAUACAAGAAUGCCGAGGUUAGAGAAAUGGUAUCUGAAGGAGUGGGUGGGGUUAUUCUAUGUUCAAAGGAUUGCAGUACUAUUGUGGACAACAGCUUUGCAUCAAGACUUGAAACGGUAAAGAGCUCAUUCGAAGCAGAAAUCAAUAAAAUUAUCUUCAGGUAUUCCGAGCAGCUUACUUUAUUCUUAAGUGUUUGGAUUUGGAGUAGUUUCUUCAUUGGAUAG